AAAAAUAAAGUGAAUAAAUAAAGUGAAAAAAUAAAAGAAGCAGAAUUUCCGAAAAUAAUUCAGGCGAGUUUAGAAAAAUUCACUUGGAUAAGACGAGAGUGUGAAAUUUUGAAAAAAAGAAAAAAAAAAUGUUACUUUUUUCUAUUCUUCUAUACAGCACUUAUUUGCCAACAAAUUGCCUUGGAUUUUCAUUCAUAUUCGACGUAUUUUUUGGAAAAGGUGGAAAUAUUCCCCGAGUGCGAAAUAUCGAGACAGCCAGAUCUUUGAAUCGAUUCGCGAUUCUGGAUUUUAUUGGAUUAGUCGAACGGCACGGGUUUCCGGCAGAAGAACACAUUGUCACAACUAAGGACGGGUAUAUUUUAAAAAUUCAUCGAAUCCCAGGCAGUGCUUCAAAGCCAAAAUCGAAAGGAAAACCAGUUGUUUUUUUGCAACACGGUAUCCUCGCUUCUUCUGACACUUUUGUCUUAAUGGGACCCCAAAGAGAUCUCGCAUUUUUAUUGGCCAAUAUUGGUUACGAUGUAUGGCUCGGAAAUUCACGAGGAAAUACUUAUUCAAGAUCGCAUAAGAAACGAUCUCCUGACCGUGAUCCUCAAUUUUGGAAGUUCAGCUACCAUGAAAUUGCGAUAUAUGAUGUAUCGGCAACAAUUGAUUACAUUUUAGAAGAAACUGGAGAGAGCAACUUGACUUACAUUGGCCAUUCAAUGGGAACAACACUUAGUUUUGUUCUUUUAUCAAUAAUGCCAGAGUACAAUGAGAAAAUAAAAUUCAAUAUUUGUUUGAGUCCGGUCGCCACUUGGAGGCACAAGCAACCGCCAUUAUUUCAAUUUGUCAUUAAUAAUGCUCCUCUUAUGCAGAAAAUAUUCCAAAAAAAUGAAGUGUACGAAUUUCUACCAUUGACCAAGACAGGAAUUAGAACGGGAAUGACACUUUGUAGUGAAUUUUCCAUAUUGCAACCAAUUUGCAUUGGUAUUAUUAUUUUAGUCAGUGGAUAUGAUUUGGACCAACUGAAUAAGAAAGCACUGCCGUAUAUUUUUUCCUAUUUUCCUUCGGGCACAUCGCUCCAAAUUGCAUAUCAUUAUUACCAAAAUAUAGCUUCAGGGGAAUUUCAACAAUUUGAUUAUGGUGGUGAAAAAAAUUUUCUAACUUAUGGCCAAGAAAAACCACCUUUAUACAAUUUACAAAAUGUUCAAACGCCCGUCGCUUUAAUUUAUGGCGGAGGCGAUGUUAUUUCGAUGAGAGAAGACAGUGAAGAGUUAAAAAAACAUCUACCAAACGUCGUGACAUUUGAGAAGGUGCCCCACGCAAAUUUCAGUCAUUUAGAUUUUCUUUGGGCAAAAAAUGUCAGAACUUUAUUAAAUGACCGAAUUAUACAACUAAUGUCAAAAUUCGAUAAUUUUACAUGAAAGAAUUUUUUUAGAGAAUUUUUAAUUCAAUUCUGUGAAUAAGAGAAAAAAUAAUUGUAAGUUAAGAAUUUAAUAAUUUUCUACUUUUUC